GGGGCGCGGAGCCCGCCGAGCAGAGGUUCCCACAGGCAGGCAGAGCCGCCUGCCAUGGCGCUGGUGGGGCCUGUGAUCUGGGGCCCUAGACGAGGUGUCUACCUCCUCCUCCUCCUGCUGCUGCUGCUGCUGCCGCCCUGGGUCCUGGCUGGGUUGGUUCCUUCAGAGACUCCAAGUGUCUGUGCCUCAGACCCAUGUGCUCCAGGGACCAAGUGCCAGGCUACAGAAAGUGGUGGCUACGCCUGUGAGCCCUUAGGGCUUGGAGGCUGUGCUACUCAGCCAUGCCACCACGGUGCACUGUGUGUGUCCCAGGGCCCAGAUCCUAAUGGCUUCCGUUGCUACUGUGUGCCUGGAUUCCAGGGACCCCACUGUGAACUGGACAUCGAUGAGUGUGCAUCCCAGCCUUGUCACCAUGGGGGCACCUGCCAAAACCUGGCGGAUCACUACGAGUGCCACUGCCCCCUGGGCUAUGCAGGCGUGACCUGUGAGGCCGAGGUGGACGAGUGCUCGUCAGCGCCCUGCCUGCACGGAGGCUCGUGCCUGGACGGUGUGGGCUCCUACCGCUGCGUGUGCGCGCCGGGAUACGCGGGCGCGAGCUGCCAGCUGGACGUGGACGAGUGCCAGAGCCAGCCGUGCGCGCACGGUGGCGUGUGUCACGACCUGGUCAACGGUUUCCGGUGCGACUGCGCGGACACGGGUUACGAAGGCGCGCGCUGCGAGCAGGAGGUGCUGGAGUGUGCCUCUGCGCCCUGCGCGCACAACGCGUCCUGCCUCGACGGCUUCCGGAGCUUCCGCUGCCUCUGCUGGCCAGGCUUCAGUGGAGAGCGGUGCGAAGUGGAUGAGGAUGAGUGUGCAUCGGAUCCCUGUCAUAACGGGGCCCGGUGCUUGCAGCGCUCUGACCCGACCUUGUAUGGGGGUGAUCAGGCCACCUUCCCGGGAGCCUUCAGCUUCAGCCACGCUGCCGGCUUCCUUUGCAGCUGUCGUCCAGGCUUUGCCGGGAAUGACUGCAGUGUGGACGUGGAUGAGUGCGCCUCAGGACCGUGCCUCAACGGAGGCAGCUGCCAGGACCUGCCCGAUGGUUUCCAGUGCUACUGCCCGGAUGGGUACACAGGCCUGACUUGUCAGGAAGACAUGGACGAAUGCCAAUCAGAGCCAUGCCUGCAUGGCGGAACCUGCAGCGACACUGUAGCAGGCUACAUCUGCCAGUGCCCCGAGGCCUGGGGUGGACAUGACUGUUCUGUGCAGCUCACAGGCUGCCAGGGCCACACCUGCCCACUGGUUGCCACCUGCGUGCCCACCUUUGAGUCUGGCCUCCACAGUUAUUUCUGCCGCUGCCCACCUGGGACCUCUGGGCCUUUCUGUGGCCAGAAUACUACCUUCUCGGUUGUGUCUGGGAGUUCUGUGUGGGGAUUGGUGCCAGCUGGUGCCUCCCUGGGUCUGGCCCUGAGAUUCCGUACCACGCUGCUUGCUGGAACCCUAGUUACUCUCAAGGACACUCGGGACAGCUUGGAGCUGGUUCUGGUGGGGGCCAUGCUGCGAGCCACACUCUGGAGACAUGGUUCUGCUGCACUUGUCCUUACGCUGCCUGACCUAGCCUUAAAUGACGGGCAUUGGCACCAGGUGGAAGUGGUGUUCCACCUGGGAGCCCUGGAGCUGCGGCUCUGGCAUGAGGGCUGCUGGGGCCAGCUCUGUGUGGCCUCUGGUCCUGUGGCUACAGGUCCUACAGCCUCGGUGGCCUCUGGGCCUCCGGGGCCCUACUCUAUCUAUCUGGGCGGCAGGGCCUUUGCAGGCUGCUUCCAGGAUGUGCGUGUGGAAGGGCACCUUCUGCUGCCUGAGGAGCUCAAUGGAAACGUGUUCCUGGGUUGUGAGCGCAGGGAACCUUGCCAGCCUCUGCCCUGUGCCCAUGGAGGGGCCUGCGUGGACCUGUGGACUCACUUCCGCUGCGACUGCCUGAGACCUUACCAUGGGUCCACAUGCACUGAUGAGGUUCCUGCUGCCACCUUUGGCUUGGGCGGCGCCAUGAGCUCCGCCUCCUUCCUGCUCCACCAGCUGCUAGGCCCAAACCUCACUGUGUCCUUUUUCCUCCGUACACGUGAGCCUGCCGGCCUGCUGCUCCAGUUUGUCAAUGAUUCAGUUGCUACCCUAACUGUGUCCCUGAGCGAGGGCCAGAUCCAGGCUGAGGUGCUGGGUCAGCCAGCUGUGAUCCUGCUCGGGCGCUGGGAUGAUGGACUCCCCCACUUGGUGACGCUCAGCUUUGGGCCUGACCAGCUGCAGGACCUGGGCCAGCGGCUGUAUGUGGGUGGGAGGGUCUCCCCGGAUGACACCCAGCCCUGGGGUGGGCCCUUCCGAGGCUGCCUCCAGGACCUACGACUCAACGGCAUCCACCUCCCCUUCUUCUCUUCUCCGAUGGAGAACUCAAGCUGGCCCAGUGACCUGGAAGCCGGCCAGUCGUCCAACCUCACCCAGGGCUGUGUCUCGGAGGACGUGUGCAGUCCCAAUCCCUGUUUCAAUGGUGGAACGUGCCACGUCACUUGGAAUGACUUCUACUGCACCUGCUCCGACAACUUCACAGGGCCCACCUGUGCCCAGCAGCGAUGGUGCCCCAGGCAGCCGUGCCUGCCGCCUGCCACCUGUGAGGAGGUUCCGGAUGGCUUUGUGUGUGUGGCCGAGGCCACGUUCCGCGAGGGCCCUCCUGCUGUGUUCACAGGCCACAACGUGUCCUCCUCGCUCAGCGGCCUCACCCUGGCCUUCCGCACGCGCGACCCGGAGGCUGGGCUGCUGCGCGCCGCCUCCGCCGCGGGUGCCAACUCCAGCGUCUGGCUGGCGGUGCGCAACGGCUCGCUGGCCGUAGAUGUGACGGGCUCCGUGCUGCCAGCGCCCGGGCCGCCCGUGGCCGACGGCGCCUGGCAUCGCGUGCGCCUCGCCCGGGAGUUCCCACAGGCUGCUGCCUCGCGGUGGCUGCUGUGGCUGGAUGGCGCGGCGACACCCGUGGCUUUGCACGGCUUGGGCGGCGACCUGGGCUUCCUGCAGGGCCCGGGUGCCGUGCCUCUGCUGCUGGCCGAGAACUUCACGGGCUGCCUGGGCCGCGUGGCGCUCGGCGGCCUCCCGUUACCCUUGGCGCCACCGAGGUCCGGCGCGAUGUCUGGGGCGCGCGAGCACUUCGUGGCCUGGCCCGGGUCUCCGGCCGUGAGCCUCGGCUGCCGCGGCGGGCCCGUCUGCUCGCCCUCGCCCUGCCUGCACGGCGGCGCCUGCCACGACCUCUUCGAUGUCUUCGCUUGCUCCUGCGACCCCGCCUGGGAAGGACCCCGCUGCGAGGUCCUCGCUGACCCAUGUCGCUCGUCUCCCUGUGUCCGGGGCCAAUGUCACGCGCGCCCUGACGGCCGCUUCGAGUGUCGCUGCCCUCCGGGCUUUUCCGGCCCUCGCUGCAGGUGGCCAAUCCGGCCUCAGGGAUGUCACCUCAACUCCACCUGCAAGGAUGGCACCCCUUGUGAAGGUGGCGCCUUGGGCACCAACUGCAGUUGCCAGGAAGGCCUUGUCGGCCUCAGAUGUCAGAGUCUCGACCAGCCCUGUGAAGCCAGCCCUUGCUUGAACGGGGGCACCUGCCGGGUGGCCGGUGGCGUAUUUGAAUGUACUUGCAGUGCAGGAUUCUCUGGCCAGUUCUGUGAAGUGGUGAAAACCCUGCCUCUGCCCCUGCCAUUCCCACUGCUGGAGGUGGCAGUGCCCGCAGCCUGUGCCUGCCUCCUCCUCCUCCUCCUGGGCCUCCUCUCAGGAAUCUUGGCUGCCAGAAAGCGCCGCCAGUCUGAGGGCACUUACAGCCCAAGCCAGCAGGAGGUGGCCGGGGCUCGACUGGAGAUGGACAGUGUCCUCAAGGUGCCACCAGAGGAGAGACUCAUCUAGGCUUGCCUGGCUGCUGGUGCCAUGUCCUGAAGGUCCUAAAGGGCCACCGCAGGACUUUUACCUGGAGACCCAAGGAGACUGCUUCCGGAACUGGGACAUCCACAGGAUGCGCCCCCGUGGUUGGCAGUCCUUGCCCUGUCCAUCAUGGACUCGGGAAAUGGGGAACAACUCAGGGAAGCAGAGGAGGCUGUGAGAGUGUGCACUUCUCUGACCUCCUGGGCUGUGUACAGGGCACAUGUGGGUGCCCAUGGUGUGACAGGGUGUGUGCAUUUCUGUUUGUGUAUGUGUGUCUGUGCAUCUUUCUGUCUGAGGAAGAGGAGGAAAGAGAGAAGAGAGGAGGGGA